AUGUCUCGUUUACUUCUCGCGCUAAACAGCGACCGUUUGCGAAACGCAAAAAUGAAAAAAAAAAACUUAAAAGAUCAGUCAAGAAGAAUCUGUUUUGUUACACAACUUAUCAUCAUCAAUUUAAAUUGGUUAACUCAGGUUGUGUUUUGUUUGGCUGGCAAUAACUAUUCGAUAUCAUUUCGAAUGUCGGCGCCAAAAAAAACAACUCAACAAAAUAUUUACAUUUUUUUACCUUCGCUUAAAAGUCAGAAAAGUCUUUUUACCGCAAUGGCGGUAUGCAAGAGAGAAAGAAGACGAAAAGAAGACUUCAACGAAGUUGGUCCCGAAGACAAACCAGAAAUGCUAAGGGAAAGCAUAUAUUAA